AUGGCUGACCAAGGAUUGGAAGGGAACCAAUCUGUGAAUCUAGAAAAACAUCCUUCUGGGAUUGUCCCCACCAUUAUAAAUGUCGUGUCAACUGUCAAUAUGGACUGUAAGUUGGACCUUAAAUCCAUUAAGCUUCAAGCUCCUACUGCAGAGUACGAUCCCCAGCGUCAUCCUUCUGUGAGUAUGAGGAUCAGGGCACCUGAAUCAAAAGCACAAAUCAAUUCUUCUGGAAUGAUGGUCUGUACCGGAGCUAAGAGUGAGAGCCAGUCAAAAUUGGCGGCAAGUAAGUAUGUAGCAAUUAUUCGGAAGAUGGGCUUCCCAACUAAAUUUAAGGAUUUUAAGAUUCAGGAAAUUGUUGGAUCUUGUGAUGUCAAGUUCCCCAUAUGGCUUGAGCGUCUUGCUAAUUCCCAUGUCUCUUGCACUAGUUAUAACCCAGAGUUAUUUCCGUGGCUAAUCUACCAAAUGAAGCAACCAAAUAUAGUCUUAUAUAUAUUUGACUCUGGAAAAGUUUUCCUGAAAGGAACCAAGUUGAGAAAAGAGAUUUACACAGCCUUUGAGAACAUAUAUCCAGUGCUUACUGAGUUCAGAAAAAACCAACAAUGGUAUGGACGUAGCGCUAUUUCAGUUACCUUUUCAAUUGGUAGUGGAUAUGCAUGA